AUGGCUGCAGCAUGGUGGGUGCUCCAACUUGAACACAAUGAAAAACAUACACUUAAAAUACGGAGAAGAGAACUACGAGAUUUAAGUAAUCCUUUUGAGAUCCCGGAAUCUCAAUUUAUGGCUUUAUAUCGAUAUUGGAUUAAUACUAACUUCCCUGGAGUAAUAGGCGCUGUAGAUGGGACACAUGUGGGGAUAUGGCCACCAGAGAAAAAUAGAGAACACCUUUAUAUUAAUAGAAAACUGUUUCAUUCCUUAAAUGUCAUGAUAGUCAGUGACUAUUAUGGAAUAAUAUUGGCAGUUGUAGCAAGUCAUGGUGGCCGUACGCAUGAUUCCAGAGUUUGGAAUUCCUCUCGAUUAUCCAAAUACAUGUUAAACAAAUAUCAAAAUGGUAGAAGAAAUGUAUGGCUAUUAGGUGAUUCAGGAUAUCCUUUACUACCAUAUUUAAUGACACCCAAAUUAAACCAACCACCAGGAUCUCCAAGUGAAUCAUAUACAGCUGCUCAUGUUAAAGCACGAUGCUCGAUCGAAAGAGCAAUAGGUGUUCUUAAAGGUCGAUGGAGAUGCUUACGCAAAGAAAGGGCUUUGCAUUAUAAACCUGAAUUUGCAGCAUUAAUCGUAAACGCAACUUGUGUUCUACAUAAUAUUGCAAAAAAAUUUAAUAUUCCUGACAACGAAGUAUAUAGAGACGAAAAUAUUGAAGAAGAAUUAGAACCUAUUUUGGAAAAUAAUUUACGUGCAAGAGGAAAUGAAGUGCCACAUAUUCAGGCAUUAGAGACUGCAUAG